AUGGAUAAAGUAUUACGUCCUGAACGCUUAGAAACAGAUCCUAACAGUAGCACGGCGGCAACCGAAUGGCAGCAUUGGAAACGAACAUUUGAAAAUUUCCUAUCGGUGUUGCCAAGGGAAAGAUUGGAUAAAUUCGGUGUGUUAACGAACUUUGUAUCACCUACAGUCUUUCAGUACAUCGAGGAUAGUGAAGAUUACACUGCAGCUAUCUCAAUUUUGGAAGCCUUGUUUGUCAAACCAACUAAUGAAAUUUACGCUCGACAUUUACUUGCCACAAGACGUCAAAGGACAAAUGAGACACUUGACGAGUACUUACAAGUGCUGAAGACCCUUAGUAAAGACUGUAACUUUAAAAAUGCUACAGCCCUUCAGUACCGCGACGAAAGUAUUCGAGAUGCAUUUAUAACAGGGCUUCUGUCUAAUUCGAUUCGUCAAAGAUUGUUAGAAAAUAAAACGCUGGAUCUCAAGACAAUGUUUGACCAAGCUCGAUCCCUCGAGUCAGCUAUGAAAAGUUCCGAAUCUUAUACGGACUCUCAAGCGAGUUUCAAUGCUGCAGUUCCUUCGUCACCACCCGCUACACCUCCUUUGGACAAUAAAGAUCCAAGUUCUUUGGCAGCUUUGCCAACCGAAGGUGCAUUUUGUUUCUUUUGUGGAAAUAAUAGACAUCCUCGAUCCAAAUGUCCAGCUAGAGAUGCCAUUUGCAUGAAGUGCCAAAAGAAGGGACAUUUCGCGAAAGUCUGUCGGGGAAAAGCAGCUGUCAAGCCCGUCAGCUUAAAUUCAGCAGCCGUUUGGUUCCCAACAUUGGCUACAGUAACUCCUCCAGUGAACCCAGCAUCUCUGUCAAAAUCGUCAGCAAUGGUAUUUCUCAAUGGGUUCAAAGUUAAAGCACUCUUCGAUAGCGGAAGCAGCGAAAGUUUCAUUCAUCCUAGCCUGGUUGAGACAGCUUCCCUCUUUGUUCACCCAUCCUCCGGGACAGUAUCCUUGGCUACUUCCGACAAUGUUACUAAAGUUGCUGGGUACUGUUUGACUAAUCUUACCUAUCAAGACCAUACAUAUGAAAACCUUCGUCUAAGAGUGUUGCCAGGAUUGUGCACAGACCUGAUAUUGGGUCUCGACUUCCAAUCAAAGCAUAAGCUUCAAAUCCAACUCUAAACUCAAAAUCCAUGAGCAGGUGCUUGGGAUUAUUUUCUUAUUAUUCGAGAUGGAUCCCAGCGUUUUCAGAUAAAGUAAAGCCUCUUUCCAGCUGCAAGACCUUCCCGCUAUCCCAGCAAGCUGUUGAUGCGUUCGAAAGCCUGAAGAAAUCAAUAGAGAAAGCUGUUGUUACUGCUGUUGACGAAAGUAUCCCAUUUGAUGUUGAGACAGACGCCUCGGAUGUGGCUUUAGCAGCCACACUCAACCAAAAUGGUAGACCUGUGGCCUUCUUCUCACGAACACUCCAAGGAAGCGAGUUGAAACACGCAGCUGUCGAGAAAGAAGCUCAAGCCAUUAUCGAAGCAGUGCGCCAUUGGAGACAUUUUCUAACAGGGAGACAUUUCACUCUCAAAACUGACCAAAAGUCGGUUUCGUAUAUGUUUGACGUCCAACAUAAAGGAAAAAUUAAAAAUGACAAGAUAAUGCGUUGGAAACUAGAGUUGGCUUGCUACAGUUUUGAUAUCGUCUAUUGUCCUGGGAAGUCGAAUGUUGCACCUGAUACGUUAUCUCGCGCUACUUGUGCUACAACGUCAGAGUCGCUCUACAACCUUCAUGAGUCACUUUGCCACCCGGGUGUCACAAGAUUAUACCAUUUUGUCUGA